CCAAACAUGACCCUGAAAGAACGACAAAACAUCCCACCGCGUUUUACAUUUGGGCUCAAUAUUUUCUUUGGAGAGAAAAUUGGAAAGAAGAAAAAGAAAAAGUUCACGCCUUUUUUGAUUUUUUAUUCUUUGCUUGCCUUACACAAACGAAAAAAUUAGCGAGUAAAAAAAAAAAAAAAAACUUCUGGCCGCCUCACGCUGUUAGCCGGCUACCUACCAACCUUUGCUUUCAGUCUUCACGUAACCCUACUUUCCGGCCUUCCUACCUCUCCGAUGGCAACCGCUGAGAAACCCGUCGCCACUACUACCAUUACCACCACCACUCCAGGCUCCGUCGCCAAUUCAUCGGCAGAUCCAAACUCUAAGAAUACCUUGUACCCCGCCCCGCCUUCCACGGAUAAGUCAGAUCCUCGUAUCACUGAUACUCCUGCUUCUGAAGUAUCUCUAAAGGAGAACGAGAUUUCGAAGACCAUCGGGACUACUGUGGGCUCGGUCGCAGGGGAUAGCGGCGGUCCCGUUAACGAUACCCAGAAGAAGAUUCGCCGAGCUGAGCGGUUCGGCGUACCUGUCCAGUUGUCCGAGCAAGAGAAGCGUAAUUCCAGGGCUGAGAGGUUUGGCACUGCACCCAGUUCGAAUGGAUCAGAAGCAUCAAAGCAAUCGGAGGACUUGAAGAGGAAAGCCAGAGCAGAGAGGUUUGGGCUUGUUGUACCCUCUACAGCUACCGAUGAGGAGGCCAAAAAGAAAGCACGUCUUGCCAGAUUUGCACCAUAUUCCAAAACUGAUACAGUGGAAGAAGAAAAAAGAAAAGCAAGGGCAAUCAGGUUUUCUACUCCUCCAUCAAGUUCUUUACCACAGGUGAACGGCAAGGGGAAUAUUGAACCAGGGGCUCCUAUUGCUGGAAAGGCUGGUGGAGGACCCUAAAUAGACUUGCCUACAUAUUUAGAAGGUCUAGUGUCCUAACAGCUUCUGAUUCCCUCAGCAGCUACUUUACAGUGUUUUCUAUCCAACCUUAGAAUUCUUAGAUGCAGUACUUCUUUAUCCCCAGAUAAAUUUCUAAAGCAGUGAAGACGUUUCUUUGGCAGUAUGGAUGGUUUUCUUCUUUUUUUUUUUUUCAGGCACAGCUAUGGUAUCUAUUCACUUGUUGAGGCCUAGAGAGGAAGCAGCAACCACCUGUAGUGCUAACCUAUCUCAAAUCCUACAAAGAGCAUUAAAAAUUCUGGAAUAAUGGCUAAAAAUUUUCAACUUUUCCCUUUUGGAUAAUAUAAUUGAGAGAGUAAGUGGUUAGUAGUUUCCUCUUGAAAAAAUUAAUCGAUUUGUUUCUUUGCCAUUUUAAUAUUUGGGCAGUAUCUUAUACUCUUCCAAGUUGCAUAGUAUGAUCAAGUGUGAGACAGCAGUAGUAUUCAUAUCAAGUCUGACUUAUAUUUACUUGGGUUAAAGAACUAAAGUAGUAAAUGGUACAUGCUUCAUAGGAUUUCUCGGGGCUCUCUCUCUUUUAUAAAUAGCUAAAACCAAGAGGACUUUCUAUUUUAUUCUGGUUUUUAUAUGUCAGGAUAGGGUCUGUAGGUCUUUUUUUGGGGAGUGGGGCUUUUGGCUGUAGGACAAAUGAUAGACUUAAAUGCCUUGGAUCUGAGCAGACAUGGAUAAGUUCGUUUUCUGUAUUUACAUUAAAAAAUGAUUAGAAAGGCAGUAUUGUGGGAGUUUUUGAGGAUGCUUAUGUUUAGAUUGUUUUUGCUCAUUUGAUCGCUGACUUUUAUCUUGUUAUUUUUGUUCCUUUUAAAUAGAUUUGACAUUUCCUUUUAUUAAAAACAGAAAUGAAAUCAUUUGUUGGGUAUGUGCUUGAGCACGCAUGGUUAUUCAUGUGAUCAUUUGCAGGUUUGUUGCAUAUCUGUGCUCUGUAUCAUGACACUCAUGGCUCGAAUGGCAUUGAUUCAACUUAGUUCGUUAGUUAUCUUUUUAUGAAAAAUUAUCAUUGCAAUGCUGUUGUGGAUAUGUUACUACUGCUGUUUAGCAUUUGAUCAUGAGAGAAAUAUUGAAAACUGGGAAUGGUUUUAUAAUGUGAAGAUUGCAUGUGGAGAAUAUUUUCAAUCAAUGAUGAGAUUAUGUGAUCCAAAAGCUAAAACUCUUUCUGAGCCUGUUACAUGGGAAUUUCUGAUUUUUCUGGUUUGUAUUUGAGAUAAGUGAACACUACAAUUUAAGAUGAUUGCUAGCUUCCCUUGGUCUCACCAGGUGAAUUGGCUGAUAUGCGAGGUAAUUAUGCUGGGAUAGAAGGCUGUUAACGUUUCCUUAGUUUGUUGUCUAGUCAUGUAAUAAUAUUUGUAUCUUCUUGUCUGAAGUUGUAGUGUUCUUGUCAAAUUAACAGCUUCUUUGGAAUUUGUUUUUUGGUGGGAUGUUUUUUUAUGGUUAAACUAUGACUGGGGGAGUCAGAAAAUCUAACAUUUUUCUUUACAA